UACAAAUAAUGACUUAAGCAGAUGGAUAACUAAGAAAUGCCAAAGAUAUAUAUCUGUUCAUUUUAAAGUUUUGUUAACAAAUUAUACUAUUUUGUCAGAAUGUAACAAACUACCGAAGAAGCAUAAACGUGUUUAAAGAACGAUUAACAUAAUUUACAUUUUUGAAUAAAAAGAAUAAAAAGAAAAAACGGAAAAAGAAAACAAUAAGUUUGUGAUGGCCACCUUUCGACAAAUUUUUCGGAUAUUUUCCACCUUCACUUCGUUGGUACUGAUGAAUCGCCAUCUAUUACAGGAAGUUUCAGGAGAAAUUCGUAAUUUCGAUCGCAAUCUACAACGUAUUUUGCUGGAAAAAGAAAUGAUAAAAUGCCUUUCAGGAAUAUCCAACCAAUCCACCAGAAUCGAAGGACUUUACUGCAAUAGAACAUGGGAUAAUAUCAUGUGUUGGCCAGAUACCGCAGCAGGGACUGUAGCAGUACAAAGCUGUCCAGAAUAUAUCAGUAAUUUCAAUACGGAAGCGUAUGCAAUUAGACAAUGUUUGCCAAUAGGUCAGUGGUACAGUAAACCAAACAAUAACAAAACAUGGACAAAUUAUACAGCCUGUACUGCAACAAAACAAGUUCAAAGAGUUCCCAGGCUUAUUCAGGAACAUCUUCCCAGAAUAAUCAUUAUGUCCAAUGUUGGAUAUGGCCUUAGCUUGGUUUCACUGGUAAUAGCAUGCUUUAUAAUGUUAUAUUUCAGAAAACUACGAUGCCGAAGAAACACGAUCCACGUCAACUUGUUUCUAUCAUUCAUACUUCGAGCUCUACUGGCUCUAACCAAAGACAGCAUGUUAAAGGAAGGUCUUGCGUUUGCGGCAGAUUUACAUAUAACUGAAGACGGCAAAGUUGAAUUUGUUGACGAUAAAUCGCACUGGGAAUGCAAGCUGUUUUUUACUAUCUUUAACUAUACAAUGCUUACCAACUAUAUAUGGGUAUUCAUUGAAGGAAUGUAUCUUCAUAUUUUGAUCUACAUCUCUGUAUUUGCUGAAAAUCCCAAGACGAAAUGGUAUAUCAUAUCUGGAUGGGUUUUACCUGUGUUAUUCGUCAUACCGUGGGUUGUUUUGAGAAUCCUAGAAAGUGAUCAACAUUGCUGGAAUACUCAUUUGGACCGAAGAAUAUUUUGGAUUAUUCGGGCUCCGUGUGUUAUAUCAGUUGGGCUGAAUUUCUGUCUGUUCCUUAACAUCGUAAGAGUAUUAUUCACGAAACUGAAUUCACAACAAAACUUGGAAUCAAGAAAUACUCGUUAUACACGCUUAGCUAAAUCCAUUUCCAUACUCAUCCCACUCUUUACCGUGCAUUUGAUUUUUAUAUUUCAACCUGAUGAAGUAUCCGGGAUACCUGAAAUCGUCCUCCUUGCGCUUGAAAUGUUGUUGAGUUCAUUUCAGGGUCUCGUGAUUGCAAUUCUACUUUGUUUCGCUAAUUAUGAGGUGAAAACUGAACUUGCAAGAUUUUGGAGGCACCAUACUCUUGAUCAUAACAACUCGCACCGAGGUUUACCAUUUACCAGUCUUUCGGAAUAUUUUGCCAAAACUCGACAUUCCAUAACUGAGCAGAAAAUGACCUGUAUUGAAGAAUCUAAUAAAAAGUUUGACGAAUACAGUAGUAAAAAAAUGAGAGAUAGUGUGAAGGAUCAAACGACUUCGCAGAUUCCAAUAAAUGAAGACACGCCAUUAAAUGAACCAAACAGAGACUCCAAAUGCCAAGCAAAUGGUCACGCAAGCUUUCCAUUGCAUGAUUCAGUUUCAUAUUCAAAGAAAAUAUAGCCGGAAUCACCUGAAAACUUUCAAAAGAUAUUCACUAUUUUCACUUUUUUACGAAAAAGCUAAAUAUCUCAAUUACACAUCGGCUAUUUGUUAACCGCAGAGGAGUUUUCUUCACACAGAAAGCUAAUAAGCGGAAAUUCUGUAAUUGUAAAUGUGGUAUAUUUAUUCUUUUAGAACCCCAGUUUUAAACAUUUUAGUACCCCGAGAGACAGGGAAAAUACUGAUAACGAAAAAUAUUUUUCUUAAACCCAUUGACUUUGAAUAUUAUCAUCAUAACGGAAUUCCAAAUGAUUGAUACCGCCAGGAUUCUGUGGAACAGUUCAAUCUCACCGAUUGCAUAAUAACAUAUAUAUGUGUUUAUAGUAAAAACUAUUUACAUUUAGUUCGCAAUACAAUUUUAAAUUCAUUAUUAAUUCAGACUAUAUUGUUUCGAUUUUUGUGUAUCUAUUGAUAUUUGCAGUGUUCUAUAAAGUUACAUUCAGAUACAUUUUAUCAACUUGACUAACAAUACAAA